AUGAUUUCGUUACUUAUAUUUUGCUGCAUCUCCGCCACAGUUUUCGCUGAUGACGACCAUUUCAGAUCUUCCUACUUCAUAAAUGCGGAAAAUAGGCGCUUAGCAGCACAAAUGCCCAAGAGAGUUUAUUUCGAUAGUGUUUUGUCUUGCAGUCAUGCAUGUCUUAAAAAUCCCUGGUGUUUCUCCUCAAAUUUUAAGUUCGGGGCAGGUGGCGAAGGAGUAUGUGAGUUGAUUAAAUAUCACUCAAACUCAGCUGACAAUAACAACAAGAUCAUUCAUCAGCCAGGCAACACAUUUACAGUGAUUCCUAAGGUGAGUAAAUGCAGCAUUUUAUUGGCGCAAUACUGUACAAGAAAUUCUUUAAAAAUUGAGCAUUUUUCGGUGGGCGUAUCUCACUAAAAGGAAAGGAAACAGUUAGAUUUACAAGCCGUCAAUAAUUUGUUAUACAAUUCAAAGAUAAAUUAAAGCUUGUGCAAAAGUUUAAUUUACAGCUUGGGUUAAUGAAAUUUGUUACGAAAACCGUCAGUUUUCACCGCCGUUUCGAUGCCGUUCUUCGUCUCAAGAGCUUGUUAAUUACCGGACGAAAAUGUAUUCAGGCCACUGAUUUGUUCAGGAAUAAUUGCAAUUAAUUUUUAACCCUGGCAAUGUUUUGUAGAAGAUAAAAAUUGUUUUUGCAAAUCUGGAAAUACUGGAAAGGUAUAAUCAAGUUUUAAAAAAACUCGAUCUCCCUGACCAUGAAUUGUAACUAUCGCUCGAGCGACUGGCUUUUACCGCAACGAGUUUUGCCACAUCAAAGAUUGAAGUGACUCAGUCUCCCAGGAAGUUGUUUAUUAGGGCCGGAAGCUUUGAUUAUUAUCAUUAUGCUGAAUGGCUGCAGCGUACUUCUAAUGCUUAAAGUUAAAUUAAAACAGGAGCACCCAACGAGAAUGUAGUUCAAAACCCCUUAAACAUGGCAUUGUUAAAUGUAUUUUAGUAUUUAAACGGUACAUAUAGGCAUAUUUUUAUCCCCUAAAAAUUUUUCAUCUGUUCGGAUUUCCUAGCUGAAAGUCUGGUGAUCCGAAAAUUAUAGGGAUCAAAACUUACCUUUUCGAAAUUUCAGCCAGAAAAAAGGCUCCCGAAAAUUCUAGGUGACCUUUUAAGGGUAAAAAUCCUUUAAACAUGGGCAAUCAUACCAUUUUUUAGAUGUUCGAAAAUCCUAGGAGAAGCAGGCAAGCAAGAAAUUUUACAACAAAUGUUCCGAAAAUUAUAGAUCUCAAAUCGUCUUCCGAACAGAUAUUUUCCGAAAAUUGUCGUUGGGUGCCCCUGAUUAAAACUGUGGGAAUUUCUUGGCAUAUUUACUCCUUGCUUGACGAUAGUAGACAAUUUCUUAGAAUUAAAACAAGAUUAAACAAUAUCUUCUCUGAAAAGGAUUCAAGAAAGCGAGAAAAUGAUUUACUUAAUCAUGAUAUUCUUCUGAUUUUAAUAAAACGGGUCUUACUGAUAGGGUUGUCUAGUGACUGGAUGCCUAAAUGGAGGUUCUUGUUUGUUAGACAAGAAAAAGGAAAGGUUUGCAUGCUCUUGUAAACCGCCAUGGAGUGGACAAAGAUGCGAAGUGAAAUUGGGUGAGCCUUUACCUAGUUUUUGUGCAAAUUGAUUUCUGUUUAUAUAUUUUAUGAAAGACUGAGUAUUGAUGUACCUACUCUACGCGUUUCAGCUGAUUUCAUUUCUAGUAUUUAUUCUCGAGCUCCCGGGUCGACCCGUUGGAGGCGCUUCCUUAUAUGGCCUUCAAUAUGGAAUGUAAUUGCAACAUCCUCCUGCCACUUUAAGAAAUCAAAAUAAGUCUGCACAAUAAGCAAGGUGGGGUUGUUUCUCUCCCUUAUUCUUCUCUUGGCCAAAUUUUCUCCUUAGCAUUCAAAGAAAAGCUUGCUAAGAGGUCUGUUUCUUACAAAUAAUCAUAUUUUUGUGGCUCAGAAUAGCGUAGCGCCUUCUCUUCUUCCCUUAGAUACGGGAUAUUUAUAUUCACUCGUGUGGACUGAACGGAAGUAGAAACGUUCUUGUUUUGUGGAGGAACCUAACAGUUUUUGAUGAAGUUAUGAAUAUAUGAAAAACAUAUAUGUGAACUGCGGAGUGAAGAAUUAUAUCAAUGAAGAUCAUAGCAGUUAUAUAAGCAACUUUUGCAGUUGCGAAAAGAAAGCCUGAAACCGAUACCGAAAGCGAUACCGUGCUGCGCUAAGCUAACAAGCCAAUGGGAGCAGAUAGUUGAAUUGGUUCGUUAAAUUAAUUUUUAUUUUUAAAUUGUUAUUUUUACUAAUUUUCAGGAACGAUCUGUAAAUAAGACUUUUGGAAUAUGUACUAGGAUUUUAGGAUUUUGUUGAGUCAAUGUUAUGCGCAGAUGAAAAUUUCUUUCCCUGGAUUGAUAUUUGCGCAAUAUAAAUCAAUAAAUAUUAUUAUUAUAUUAUAAACCGUGAAAAGAUGAUGAUGAAGUUAUGAAUACAUGAAAAACAUAUAUGUGAACUGCGGAGUGAAGAAUUAUAUGAAUGAAGAUCAUCGCAGUUAUGUAGGCAGUCUUUAACGGUCGGCAUGGUUUAGGUCUUAAAAUCCAACUUAAGAUAACCCCUAUUAAGCGCUCUUCGACAACCGUGCGAUUCAUUAACGGACCAAGCUGCAGGAUUUGUUAGAUUUAAGGUUGCCUCUUGCAUCCCUGUAUUACGUAACCAGUAAAGGUGGCUGCUAAAGUUAUCCUUCCUUUCGCCUCCUGUGAGGAAAUCCUGAUUAUCGUCUGAAAGGUCAGUCGUCUCCUUCCACGAGUUAUGGGGAGGAGACCACUGACAUUUCACACUAUCCGGAUUACGGAACUGGGUAAUUUUUGGUUUUGGAUUUCGGAAUACGGGAAUUUUUUGAUUGUGGAAUCCGGAAUCCUAUGCUUUGGAAUCCGGAAUUCAGCUCAAUCCGUAACUUCCACAAACAAUGAGUCCGGAAAAUCAAGAGCUCAUAGCGUGGAAUCCAGAAUCCAAGACUGUCUUGGAUCACUUUACAUGGGGCAAUUUCGUUAAUAUUUCUUGGUUUUUGUCGCAUAGGAUGUCCAGCUGGCUGGUCUACACAUGGUGACUCAUGUUAUUACCUAAAAGGUAUAGAACACCAGAUCCAGAGCGACGCGCGCAAGGCAUGUCAGACAAUGGGUGGAGACCUUGUGAUAAUUAAAUCAGCCGUUCAAGAUCAAUUCGUAUUUGAACUGAUAAAAAACAGUGAUUUAGUCUCACCAUCUGGUGUGUGGCUUGGGUUAGAGAGAGUUAGUGUUGACGCAACCAAGUUCCAUUGGAUUGAAGGCACUCCACUGGAAGGGAAGUACGAAAACUGGGCCGAAGGGGAACCGAACAACUCUGACGGUAAAGAGGAAUGCGUCCAUAUGUAUGGAAACUUGAUAAACAGUACGAAAUCCGGAAAGUGGAAUGACUUCCCCUGUGGAUGCUUUAAUUAUCGUGCAACAUGCCCUGUUAUUCUUUGCCAGAGGUCUCUCCCAUGA